AAUUAAUUCGUAUUUAUUAUUACCUCCCGGCUCCCCCACCGCCUCAACGAUUCAAUCUCAUUCUCUUCUUUCUUUUCUUUCAUCCUUCCCUCCUCAUUAACAUCCAGAGACCCCAGUCGUCUUCCAAGUUCCACCUCUGUAAAAUAUUAGCCUUUCUCCAGCCCACUAACUUCUUCUUCUUCCACUAGUUGGACCUCUCCAAAAGCCAUAUAACCAUUUGCCCCCUUCUCUCUCUCUCUCUCUCUCUCUCUCUCGGUGGUGCUCUGUGGACAACGAACGCAGGUUGUGCAGUCAUCUGCUACUUAACACAGCCACUCUUCCAGACAGUUUGGAGGACUUUUAGCCUUCAAUCUUUGUUCCUUUAGAGAUUGAGCCAAUGCCAAGAUCAAGUAGGGGGUCUUCAGAAAUGCCUCAGAGGCAAUUGUCACGAGGCCCGCACCCACUAAGAACAUCAGCCACUUCCGACUCCGGGGGCGCCACCACCGACCGAAGCCCGAAGGUCUCCGACCACCGUCGCUCCCCUCGCGGCGGGCCAAAUUCCGAUCCACCACUGCAGCAGAGGAAGCUCGGCACACGAAUCGCCGAUCUCGAGUCACAACUGGGACAAGCUCAGCAAGAGCUCAAGAGUCUGAAACAUCAACUGGCCUCCGCGGAAGCUGCCAAGAAUGAAGCCCAGAAGGAGCUCGAGAACAAGUCCAGUAAGAAAUCAACCCGGCCCAAUCCAGAACCAGAGGAGGUAGCAGGAGGAGGAGGAGAAGAAGAAGGAGCAAUCCCGCCGCUGGCAGCGGCGGAUAACGAUCGGGAGGAGAUCGACGUGUUUGAAGUUCCUGGGGUGGAAAUUAAGGGCGACACACCAAAUCCUACCUCCCCUGGAGAAGACAUUGCCCUGAAGAAAAAGCACGAAGAGGAGAUGAACGAGCUUAGAGCGAAGCUGGAGGAGAGAAAGAGGGAGUUGUUGGAAUCGAAUCAGGAGAAGGAAGAGCUGAGAAAGCAGCUUGAUGAGGCGGCUUCUAGGAUUGAAUGUGGCAAGGCCAAGGAAGAGGAGAUGCGUUCGAGGUUGAGUCGAGUGGAGGAAGCGGUGGAGGCGAGCAGAGGCAAUGCCGCGGAGUUGGCGUGCCAGCUGGAGGCAGUGAAGGAAGGGAAGGAAGUGUUGGAAUGUGAGAUGAAGAGGAUGAGAGUUCAGACGGAGCAGUGGAGGAAAGCGGCCGAUGCAGCCGCUGCAGUGCUCGCAGGCGGGAAUGGGAGGUUUGUUGUUUCUGAUCAGAGGUGUGCUUCCAUGGAGAAGCCUUUCGGUGGUGGUGGAAGCAUGUUCGAGACCCCGGCUGGCGGGUAUUGUGCUGGCUACGUGGGAUCGCCUGGAUUUGGUGAUGAUAUGGAUGAAGGAUAUGGAAGUGGCGGGAAGCAGAGAAAGGGUUCUUCAGGGAUUAAGAUGUUUGGUGACCUGUGGAAAAGGAAGACACAGAAGUGAAAGCGUGAGUCCCGUAUUUCUAUUCUAUGUAAUAUAAUGAAUGAUGAGUAGCAUGUUUGAAAGUUCAUGUAGAAGAAUGGUUGUAUUUGUUAAAUGGCUGCUCGCCAUGCAAGUAAUGUUUGUUGAUGGAGGAGAACAGUUUGUGAUGAAUGAUGAUAUAUCUUUGUUACGAAUUUUUUAUGACAAGAGUAAUCACAGAAGCAAGAUUUCCGG